AUGUCAAACUCCUCAGUUUGUUGUGCUUUUCAGUCCCAAAUCUUACACCAAUUCCUCCCCCCUAUACUUUAUAUAGAAUUCAUUUUUGGCCUCACAGGGAAUGUUUUGGCCCUCAGCAUGUUUGCUCUCCACAUGGAGAGCUGGAAGCCAAACUCUAUCUAUCUGGCACAUCUGGCUGUGGCUGAUUCAAUGGUAUUGUUCUGCCUGCUAUUCAGAGCUGACUACUACCGCAGGGGCCAGGACUGGAUCUUUGGAGAUGCUUUUUGCCGCAUCCUGCUCUUCCUACUUGCAGCUAACAGGGCUGCUGGAAUCUUUUUCCUCACUGCUGUGGCUGUAGACCGCUACCUGAAGAUUGUGCACCCACUACAUCGCAUAAAUCGGAUGAAGCUGAGCUAUGCCAUGUGGGUUUCUGCAGGCCUCUGGGCGAUGAUUAUAGUUAUGACGACAUACUUGCUGGGCUCCCCGCACUUUUUCAUGGUGGGCAGCCGCAUCCAGUGUGAGAGCUUUAACAUAUGCUUGAACAACAGUCCGCUGUCAAUCUGGCACAAUUCCUUCUAUUUGAUCCAGUUCUGUGUGCCAGGUGGAAUCAUCAUCUUUUGCACUGCCUGCAUUACAUGGCAACUGAAAACCAAGACAAUGGACACCACAGGCAAGAUCAAGAGAGCUGUCCAGUUCAUUUUUGUUGUCGCCAUGGUUUUCCUCAUCUGCUUCUUUCCAAGCACUGCCUCACGUGUCGCUGUUUGGGUCCUGAAGGCCUGGUACCAAGAGUGUUCACACUUCAGUGAGGCAAAUCUGGCUUUUUAUACUUCAGUCUGCUUUACUUAUUUCAACAGUGUGCUCAACCCACUGGUUUAUUACUUUUCCACGCCAGCAUUCAGUGGGAUCAUACAGAAAUUUUUCAGGAGACUCACAGGGCAAAAAGAAGAAGCGGAUUCAGGGAAAAGCAGUGUGUCUACAGUAACAAGUGAAUAAAGUAGGGCAUCUGCUAAAUUUCAUGAAUGUAUAUGUAGAUCUUGGCAAAAUAUGUAAAAAAUUUUGUUACCUGAUAAGUGCAUAUUAUUCUAGUGAUGACUGAAAUUAUGAUAUAUGGCAGCUUUUUAUAGUUAAGUUUGCCUAAAGAGAAAAAUGCUUAAUAACCUUAAGGCUUCUAGUACUGUACUGUUAAAGAGCGGAACAAUUGUUAAAAACAUUUUAAAACGCUACAUUAGUGGUACAAUCAAAUACUGCAUGCUACCAGCAUCAUGUAACAUCUGAAUUCAUAUUGACUUACAAAAUUGUCAGACUUCAUGCCAAGCUUAGAAUCAAUGAAACAGUUUCAAAAUCUUGCCUACCUAUAUCAAUCUUAAUGAUAGUAUAAAUAUUCUGUCCAAACGUGCAGCAAAUCUACAAUAUAUUUGUACAUGCCAAUACACUUUGUUCCUUUAAGAGUUUUUGGAUAA